AUGGUCGGUGUAUGGAGGGAACUGGUGCCAAUGCAUUUGGUGCGGGCUCCUGCGCCUCUGGGGCCGGUGGGAGGGCAGCUUUGGCGGGCGUGUGCACUCAGCAGUAGGCGGAGCGGGCUGGAGAGUCUUCUGGAGCCAGUUUUACCAAACAACUCAGCACUGAUUAAGUUUGAAAAAGUGAACUGCACUGAAGGAGCGGCGCUGAAGAGAGCCAUCGGAUCCAAGGACACGGAUAAUUGUCCUCCUGCAUUCCCCAUGGAGUCGUACCGAGUGACUGGCAUGCCCAACACUGGGCCACAGCGGGUCUACACUCAGCCCUCGCGCUCCUCCAGGACAAACACUAAUGUGGCUGGCAGCUAUGGCCUCAGCAUUCGUGUCCAAGGCAUAGAUGGACACCCCUUGUCCCAGUCUCAGUCUUCCAGUAUGGACCGUAUACAUUCUCCACAGCCCCCUAUGUCCUCUGACACACCUGCAGCUCGGCCUCAGCCUUCGCUGUCCUUGAACGUAGCUCAACCGCAGGUGGCUCAGCCACAGUCUAAAGCUCGUAGCUCAAACAUCAUUACCUCUCAGUCCAUGUCCCCUCAGCCCACAGCGUUAAAUAAUGCCAGUGAUGGGAACCAUCGAGAGCCAGAUGUUCUUCCUCUGAGGAGAAUAGACUCCAGUGGGCCGGUGCUUCAGCCCUCACGCUCCCGACACUCAUCCUCCUCCUCCACAAACACCUCCAAAACACAUUUUGAUGAACAAGAUCCCUUGUUUACUGACGCUAUCAAUCGACAUAAGAACCGCCGCUACAUCCCCUUCCUUCCUGGUUCAGGCAGAGACAUUGACACAGGCUCUAUCCCUGGAGUUGAUGAACUGAUUGAAAAGUUUGACAGCAGCCAGCAGAGGAGGGGGCGAGCUGGGCGUAGAAACAGAAUCAACCCAGAGGACCGCAAACGCUCUCGUAGCGUGGACAGUGCCUAUGGACUCCGAGAAGGAUCUGGCUACACCAGGGGGACCUCCAUGGAGCAUGUUCUAAGACCAUCGCAGCUAAGGAAGUCGGUGAGCGGUCAUCAGGACUCGUGGAUCACAUCUGUUGAUGGAAAACCAGACUCGAGGCCUUCAUCCAGAGCCAACAGUGAACCAGGGUCCCCCCAGAGCACUGUCUCCAAAACGCUGAGCUCCAUGAAAGGGUACAGAAACCCACAGACACGCACAUCAUACACAAAAAGUGAAGGUGGAGCCUCCCCUGCUCCUAAUAUUUCUACAACUGCUUUAUCAACGUCAUUGUCCAAGCAGUCUGCAACAUUAAACAAGAAGACCACUGCAGAGGCAGAUGUUCAUGUCACACCUGAUCUUUUAAAAGGUCAACAAGCACUAUCACAACAAACUCAUGAAGAGACUGCAAAGCAAAUCCUCUUUAAUUACCUCAAAGAUGGAAGCAGUGACAGUGAUGAAACGACUAAGAGGAAGGUCAACCUAGUCUUUGAGAAGAUUCAAACGUUGAAAUCCAGGGCUACAGCCAGUGCUCAAGGCGACAACAAUACUGUAGAUAUUUCUGCACAUACCCGAGCCUUGCAAGGACAGAAUGCUGAGCUGGAAAAAGAACUCUCCAAGCUCAAAAAUCAACUGGAAGAACAAACAACGAAAAAGACUGAGAGAAGAUUAACAUCAACCUUGAAGGAGCUGCAGCACGAGCAACAGAAAAGCGAAGAAGAAUGCCAACGUCUGAAAGGGAAAGUGACCAAAGCGGAGACAGACCUCCAGACCACCGUGGAAGAGCUUUUCCAGGUGAAGAUGGAGCGCGAGCAGUACCAGACCGAGAUUCGAGACUUGCAGGACCAGCUGUCAGAAAUGCAUGAUGAACUCGACACGGCCAAGAAAUCAGCAGCUGACGGCGAGAGAGAUGCUCUGUUAACGGAUUUGAUGCAGUUAAAGGCCGAGCUACAGCAGACUCUCUUGGCCAAAGAGGACCAGGAAGAGCUGCUGCACCGGCGCGAGCGGGAGCUGACGGCUCUGAAAGGCGCCUUGAAGGAAGAGGUGUCUGCUCAUGAUCAGGAGGUGGACAAGAUGAGGGAGCAGUACGAGCUGGAGAUAAGCAGACUGCAGGCCACUUUGGAGGACACCAAGCAGACCAGCGCAGCCACCGUCCGAGAGAAGGCUGAGGUGGAGGCGGCGAAGGGGGCAGUAGAAGGACAGGCAGGGCGUCUGUCUCAGGAGGCAGAGAAAUUGCGCAGGCGGAUUCAGGAGCUGGAGAACGAAGUGGCGAAACUCAACCGGAUCAUCGACGAGGCCAAGCUGCAGGAGAGCCGGCUCACAGACAGAGUGACGCGACUCCAGAAAGAGAAGAAACAACUGGAGGAGUCACUGUCUGAAAUUAGAGAACAGGAAGAAGAAAUGUCUCGUGCAAAUCGAGCACUGACCGUUCGCCUGGAGGAUGUCCAGAGAAACUUCACCAAACUGGCCAAUGAACACAAGGACUUGGAGGAGCGGUUGCAGGAGGAGAAGGCUCAAAAGGAGCAGUUCAAAAACAUGAAAAACGAUAUUGAGGAUGAGCGGAGACUGCUGGACAGAACGGUGGAGAAACUUCAGAAGGAGAUGAAUGAUAUUGUAGAUGCCUCGCAGUCGUCUACCCGUGAACUACAGGAGCAGAUAGAUAUUUACAAAGAGAAGAAUCGGCGAGAGCUGACGGAGCUGCAGAGGCUUCUGAAGGAGAGGACCCAAGAAGCCGACAAAUAUUUCGUCUCUGCAAAAACGCUCCAAGAUGAGCUGUUGCACAAAGAGGCCGACCUGCAGAAAUGUCUGAAAGUGCGAGACGAGGCCAUCCUGGAGAAAGAGGCUCUAGAGCGAAAGCUUCAUGAUCUGGAAAUUGAGGCUGAGACUCGUAAUAACACAAAGGAAGACACAAGCAGACAUGUGAAGCUGCUGGAGGACAGAGUGGCUCAGCUCGAGAUGGACCUGGAUGAAGAGCGCCAGAGUGGAGACCAGCUUAUGAACAGGAUCGACCGAGGACGGGAACAGGUGGAGCAGAUGAGGAAUGAACUCCUGCAGGAGAGGGCCAGCAGACAGGACCUGGAGUGUGACAAGGUGGCUCUGGAGAGACAGAAUAAGGACCUAAAAAGCAGAGUGACUCAUUUAGAGAGCUCCCAGAAGUCCAACAAAGAGGGUCAGAUCUCCCAGCUGGAGGGACGAGUUCAGGAGCUGGAGGAGCGACUGGAAGCGGAGGAAAGGGAGCGUGGAAACCUGCAGCUGGUGAAUCGGCGCCUGGAGAGAAAGGUGAAGGAGAUGGUGAUGCAAGUGGAAGAGGAACAAAACGCGUUGCUGGAUGAAAAGAACCAGUUGAACCUGCGUGUCAAAGCCCUGAAGCGGCAGAUGGAUGAAGCCGAGGAGGAGAUCGACCGCUUGGAGAACGGCAAGAAGAAACUACAGCGAGAACUUGACGAUCAACAGGAGACGAACGACCAGCUCCAGAGCCAGCUCAAGGCCAUGCGCAGUGAGAUGAGGCGAAAAAGCAGCUCGGCGCCGCUUCUGAACACUCUGGACGACGAAGAUGAUGAUGAUGAUGAUGAUGUCAGCACUGACGGAGAGACGUAUUUCAGAUCCACACUGAGCUACAAGCGCUCCUCCAGCCAGGACAACAUACUAUCCUCAUUUGCCAUCCUGCAGCCUGUGGACCUGGACACAGCUCAUGGAAGGCGAGUGUGUGGGGAGAGGAAAGGGUGGGAGGGUCCCCUGCCAGAGGAAGAGAAGCAAAGAGUGGACACAACAAGAGACAUGCUUCGCUACGGAUCAGGGCGAACUGUGUCCAGCACCACGACCACCACCGAGGACUCUCCAGAGUCAGAGAGGAAGUUCAGGCGGCUCAGGUUAACGCUUCAUGCAGGAGAGAAUGGGAAAACAAGAGACACGUCUGAACAAAAUAAAGAUGCAAAGGAGACGUGGAAGAAGAAGAAUGGGUUGAUCCACAGAGAGAGGCCAGCUGGGAGGGAGUCGCCUCAGCAGCAGCUCUCAGACGGGGCCAAUGGGGGGACCGAGUCCUCCGUGCAGUCUCAUGGGCCCAAAAUCUACGGCAUCGUGCAGACGACUGGCUCGGAUCGCCAACAGGAAGUGAUGGCGCGUGAGUGGAGCGUCAGUCACCUCCAGAAUGAGAUGAGGUACAUCCGAGAGGUGAGAGAUUCACUGGAGAAGGUGCGAGAACGCAUGUACAGCCAGUUUGGAGGGAUGCAGCAGUCGAUGCAGAAGCUUACUCAAGAAAUUAAGACAUCCAACUCCAGAAGCAGGAGUUUAGAGGCGGAGGUGAGGGUUCGGACUGAAGCAAUGGAUAGUUUUGACCAAAUGAACAGCUCUCUCAUAUCAGCAAACAUCGGCCUACAGAAAUCCCUGCUGGAAAACUGUCAAAACAGAGUGGACCUGAGAGAAAACGUGAAGACAUUAAGGAGCAACUAUGAAAAAACCCAAGAAAAGCUGAGGGACAAAGAGAAGGAGCUGGCCUACGCACAGGCCGAGAACCAGACACUGAGGCUGCAGAUGGAAUCUUCGCAGGAGGCAGGCACUCGGGCGCUGCAUGAGCUCUCAGCCAAACUGAAGCAAGAAUAUGACAAAAAACUACGAGAGGAACAACUCAAACACAGGGAGGAGAUUGAAAACCUACAGGCACAACUGGACGAAUACAUCAGACGCCUUGAGGAAGCAGAGAAAACGAUCAAAAAUUCGGAGGCUAAGAUUGCAGAAAGAGACCAGCGGAUUCUGGAAGUAGAACGACUUCUUAGCUGUAUGGGGAAUGAAAAAAGCCAACUCCAAAAACAACUACAGAUCUCUGAGCAGCGCCUUCGCUUGCUGGAGUUGUCAGACACCACUGAUUCAAAUGUGGUGAAAAAGUCCAAACAACUGGAGGGUGAAGUCGCAGAUCUCAAAGAAAGAAUCAAACAUCUAAAUGACAUGGUGUUUUGUCAACAGAGGAAGGUUAAAGGGAUGAUAGAAGAGGUUCAAAUACUCAGAGCUCAAGUGGCCCAAAAAGACAUGUUCAUCUCGGAGCUCUUGGACAGGAUUGCCAUAGUUGAGUGCGAGAAUAAUGAGUUAGAGGACAACCUCAAGUAUUUUAUGUCCACACAGAAUGGGCCAAGGGAGGAUUUGGAAACAAGGGAUGUUGGAGUAGGGUGUAAUCUGCUCCCCAGAGAUGACCCAGAUAGGCUCAAUCGCGGGGACAUGUCCUGGACAGAACCACAGGGACAAGUGGGACAUCUGUCAACACGAACCAAAGCAGAUCUCCAAGAGCUCCUCCUGCGACAGGAAAAGAUCCUCUCAAACAAAAGGCUUAUAAAGACCCUUCCGGACAAAGGUGUAAAAAUUCAGGAGUUUGCCGGGAAAAUACGACAAGCACUUGCAAAUCAUGAAGAAGAAAAUACAACAUCAGCAGCAUCAGACAGAACUCCUUUGAACCUGGAGCAAGCGCCUGAGACUGGACUCGAGGAGGCCAUGGACAGCGUCACACUCGGCAAAGGCUCAAGUGCAGAGGACAAGAAUUCUGACCGUACAGUAAUGGAGAAUAAUUUAGUUAAAACACCAACAGAUCCUCCCUAUUUGAGUGUUAUAGCAAAGUCUGAAAAUACCCCGAUAAGAAAAUCUAAAUUCAAAACUAAUCAGCUUCUGGCCAAUGGUAGUUCUCCAGGUCCUCCUUCUCCCGGUGAGUCUGGGACGCCCUCUCCUCUGACAGCAGAAGAGCGACGAAAGCGCGACAGGAAACACCUGGAUGACAUCACAGCUGCAAAACUGCCUCCUUUACAUUACAGUCCUGUUCAGCUGCUUUCACUGGCAGAAUCAGCCGCCCUCCUUAAAGAGCAAGCCACCAAACAACAGGAGUUACAGGCCAAGCUGGCAGCCCAGAAGCUGUCGGAGGGAUUGAAGAUCUCUAUGGAGAGCUACACUCCCGACAGUGGCCCCACGGCUGCCUACCGAGAGGUUCACGAUGAUGGAGCCCAGCUCUCCUCAGAGGAAGACUGA